UUUCUGACGUAUUCCCUGGGAUCCAACCGGGCAGGAUGGCGGAGGAAGGAGCCGUAGCCGUCUGCGUGCGGGUUCGGCCGCUCAAUAACAGAGAAGAAGCGCCUGACAAAGAUACUCAAGUUUACUGGAAAACUGACAAUAAUACAGUUUUUCAAGUUGAUGGGAGUAAAUCCUUCAAUUUUGAUCGUGUCUUUCAUAGUACUGAAACUACUAAAAAUGUGUAUGAAGAAAUUGCAGUACCAAUCAUAGAUUCUGCCAUUCAAGGCUACAAUGGUACUAUAUUUGCCUACGGGCAGACUGCUUCAGGAAAAACGUAUACUAUGAUGGGUUCACAAGAGUAUUUGGGAGUAAUACCCAGGGCAAUUCAUGACAUUUUCCAGAAAAUUAAGAAGUUUCCUGAUAGGGAAUUUCUCUUACGUGUGUCUUAUAUGGAGAUAUACAAUGAAACCAUUACAGACUUACUUUGUGACACUCAAAAAAUGAAGCCUUUAAUAAUUCGGGAAGACUUCAAUAGGAACGUGUACGUGGCUGACCUCACAGAAGAAGUUGUUUAUACAUCAGAAAUGGCUUUGAAGUGGAUCACUAAGGGAGAAAAGAACAGGCAUUAUGGAAUUACAAAAAUGAAUCAGCGAAGUAGUCGUUCUCAUACCAUUUUUAGGAUGAUUUUGGAAAGCAGAGAGAAAGGUGAACCUUCUAAUUUUGAAGGAUCUGUCAAAGUGUCCCAUUUGAAUUUGGUCGAUCUUGCAGGCAGUGAACGGGCUGCUCAAACAGGUGCUGAAGGUUUACGACUCAAGGAAGGCUGUAAUAUAAAUCGAAGUUUAUUUAUUUUGGGACAAGUGAUCAAGAAACUUAGCGAUGGACAAGUUGGUGGUUUCAUAAAUUAUCGAGAUAGCAAAUUAACACGAAUUCUCCAGAAUUCCUUGGGAGGAAAUGCAAAAACACGUAUCAUCUGCACAAUUACUCCAGUGUCUUUUGAUGAAACACUUAGUACUCUCCAGUUUGCCAGCACUGCCAAAUAUAUGAAAAAUACUCCUUAUGUUAACGAGGUAUCAAGUGAUGAAGCUCUCCUGAAAAGAUAUAGGAAAGAAAUAAUGGAUCUUAAAAAGCAAUUAGAGGAGGUUUCUUUAGAGACUCGAGCCCAGGCAAUGGAAAAAGACCAACUGGCCCAACUCUUGGAAGAAAAAGAUCUACUUCAAAAAGUCCAAAUUGAGAAAAUUCAAAACCUAACACGGAUGCUGGUGACAUCUUCUUCCCUAGCAUCACAGCAAGAAUUAAAGGCUAAAAAAAAACGAAGAGUCACUUGGUGCGCGGGGAAAAUUAACAAAAUGAAGGACUCAAACUAUGUAAAUGAAUUUAAUAUGGCAGUGAAUGUAACAACGAGAACACAAAAGGCUGCUGUAAGUUUAGGAGAAAUUGAUGAGUCUCUCUGUUCAGAGUCUGAUAUUUUCAGUAACACUCUUGAUACAUUGACUGAGAUAGAAUGGAAUCCAGCAACAAAGCUACUAAGUCAGGAAAACGUAGAAAGUGAAUUGAAUUCACUUCGUGCUAACUAUGAUAACCUGGUACUAGACUAUGAACAUUUAAGAAGAGAAAAUGAAGAAAUGGAAUUGAAAUUAAAAGAAAAGAAUGAUUUGGAUGAAUUUGAAGCUCUAGAAAGAAAAGCAGAGAAAGAUCAAGAGAUGCAACUAAUUCAUGAAAUUUCCAACUUAAAGAAUUUAGUUAAGCAUGCAGAAGUAUAUAAUCAAGAUCUUGAGAAUGAACUAAAUUCCAAAGUAGAGCUGCUUAGAGAAAAGGAAGACCAGAUUAAGAAGCUACAGGAAUACAUAGAGUCUCAGAAGUCAGAAAGUAUGAAAAUGGACUCGUCAUACUCAUCGGAAAACACUGAAGACCUAAAACAAAUGAGACAGACUCUGCUUGAUGCCGAAACUGUAGCUCUUGAUGCUAAGAGAGAAUCAGCCUUUCUUAGAAGUGAAAAUCUAAAGCUGAAAGAGAAAAUGAAAGAACUUGCAAGUACAUGCAAGCAGAUGGAAAAUGAUACUCAGUUAUAUCAAAGUCAGUUGGAGGCGAAAAAGAAAAUGCAAGUUGAUCUGGAGAAAGAAUUACAAUCUUCUUUUAAUGAAAUAACAAAACUCACCUCCCUUAUAGAUGGCAAAGUUCCAAAAGAUUUUCUGUCUAAUAUGGAAUUGGAAAGAAAAAUAACCCAUCUACAAAAAGAAUUAAAUAAAGCAGUCGAAGAAAAUGAAACUUUGCGUAAUGAAGUUAAUUUGCUGUCAGAAUUGAAAUCUUUACCUUCAGAAGUAGAAAUGCUAAGGAAAGAGAUAUGUGAUAAAUCUGAAGAGCUCUAUAUAGUAACAUUAGAAAAAGACAAAUUGUCUUCUGAAGUAGUUGAUAAGGAAAGUAGAAUUCAAGGUUUACUUGAAGAAAUUGGUAGCACUAAAAAUGACCUACCAACUCCCCAGUUGAGUUGUGAAAGCACUGAUCAAGAAUUCCAACAUGUUAAAAAUCACCAUAUUGAAUUUGAGCAAAAGUAUAAGAUGGUCCUUGAAGAAAAUGCAAAAUUGAAUCAAGAAAUAGGAAAUCUCUCUAAAGAAGCUGAAGAACUUGGGUUAAAUUUGGAGGCUUUGAAGACAGAGCUCUCUCACAAAACCCAAGAACUUCAACAAAAAACAACUGAGACUCAAGAAAGAUCAAACGAAGUGGAAGAGCUGAAGAAACAAUUAGAAAGUAGGGAAUCUAGACUGCAAAUGGUAGAAAAGGAGAAAACACUGAUUACUGAGAAACUUCAACAAACAUUAGUAGAAGUAAAAACCUUAACCCAAGAAAAAGAUGAUCAAAAACAACUCCAAGAGAGCCUACAAAUUGAGAGGGACCAACUCAAAAGUGACAUUCAGGAUACUAUAAAUAUGAACAUAGACACCCAGGAACAGCUACGAAAUGCGCUUGAGUCUUUGAAACAACACCAAGAAACAAUUAACGUGCUAAAAAUGAAAAUUUCUGAGGAAACUUCCAAGAAUUUGCAUAUAGAAGAAAACUUAGAAGAAACUAGGGAUGAAUUUCAGGAAAAGAUGGUUGUCAUAGAUAAAAGCCAAAAUUUGGAAACCACAAAAACUCAAGCUCUGAUCACAGAUGCUGAGGAUAAUGAGCUAACUGAGCAAGAGAAAAAGAUAUUUUCUUUAAUACAGGAGAAAAAUGAACUGCAACAAAUGUUAGAGAGUAUUACAGCAGAAAAGGAGCAACUGAAGACGGACCUAAGAGAAAACAUUGAAAUGACCAUUGAAAACCAGGAAGAAUUAAGAUUUCUUGGAAAUGAACUUAAAAAACAACAGGAUAUUGUUGCACAAGAAAAGAACCAUACCAUUAAGAAAGAAGAAGAGCUUUCUAGGACCUGUGAAAAACUAUCAGAAGUUCAAGAAAAACUAAAGGAAAAGAGCCAACAACUGCAAGAAAAACAGCAGCAACUGCUUAGUGCACAAGAAGAGAUGAGUGAGAUGCAGAAAAAGAUGAAUGAAAUGGAAAACUUAAAGAAUGAACUAAAGAACCAAGAAUUAACAUUGGAACGUAUAAAAAUUGAGAAGAUAGAGUUAGCUCAGAAACUUCAUGAAAAUUGUGAGGAAAUGAAAUUCAUAACCAAAGAAAGAAACGACCUAAAGAAAUUACAGGAGUCAUUUGAAGUAGAGAGAAAUAAGCUUAAAGAACACAUAAGACAGAUUGAAGCUACAGGUCUAGAAACAAAAGAAGAACUACAGAUGGCCCACAUGCACCUAAAAGAACUCCAAGAAACUAUUGAAGAACUAAGAAGAGACAUUUCUGAGAAGACAGCUCAGAUAAUAAAUACUCAGAAGAACUUAGAAAAAUCCGGUCCUGAACUGCAAGAAAAGAUCCAAACAUCUCAAGACAAACAAGAACAGUCCUUCAAUAUGAAAGAAAAGGACAGUGAGACUAAGAAAAUAAUGAAUGAGAUGGAGCAAUUGAAGGACCCAUUCAAAGACUCAGCACUACUAAAGCUAGAAAUGGAAAAGCUCGAAUUGUCUGAAAGACUUCAAGAAAGUCAUGAUGAAGUCAAAGCUGUAGCUAAGGAGAGAGCUGACCUUCAGAGGCUACAAGAACUUCUUCAAUCUGAAAAGAACCAACUCCAAGAAAACCUAAGAGAAAUGGCAGCUAAAGAACUAGAAACUGAAGAGAAACUUAAAGUUGCUCAUUGUCACCUAAAAGAACAAGAGGAAAUUAUUGGUAAACUAAGAGCAGAUCUAUCAAAGAGAGAAACUGAAAUAUCACACAUUCAACAGGAAUUGGAAACAGCAAAUGAUAAAUUACAGAAAAAGACUCAAGAGCUUUAUGAGAAACAGUUUAUUACUGUCAAGGAAAUCAGUGAGACUCAGGAAACAAUGAGUGAACUGGAGCAGUUAAAGGAACAUCUCAAAGCCAAAGGCUCGUCACUACAAAGAAAAGAAAGCGAGAGGCUCACGUUGACUGAAAAACUUCAGGCAAGUCAGGAAGAAUUAAAAACCAUAAUUAAGGAAGGAGAUGAACUGGAAAGGAUACAGGAGGCCCUUCAAAAAGAAACAGACCAACUCAAAGAAAACACUAAAGAAAUUGUAGCUGAUAUUCAAGAACUUCAGCUUCUUGAGAUGAAGGAUGUCAGUGAGACUUGGGAAAAAAUAUGUGAAAUGGAAAACUUGAAGAAGCAACUUAAGGCCCAAAAGUCAACUCUAGAAAAUAUAGAAUGGGAGAACAUCAAGUUAACUCAGAGACUCAAUGAAAAUAUUGCAGAAAUAAGAUCUGUUACAAAAGAAAGAGAUGACCUUAGGAAUAUGGAGGAGACUCUCAAAGUAGAGAUAGACCAGCUCAAGGAAAACCUAAGAGAAACAACAAAUAGAGACCUGAAAAGACAAGAGGAACUAAGAACUGCCCAGAUGAAUCUGAAAGAGCACCAAGAAACUAUCGAUAAACUCAGAGGAAUUGUUUCAGGGAAGACAGAUGAAAUAUCAAAUAUCCAAAUGAGUUUAGAAAACACAAAUAUGGCCUUAAAAGCACAGGUCAAUGAACUUCAGGAGAAAGAACAUCAACUUCUUAAGAUGCAAAAUGAUCUCAGGGAAAAUAUGUAUCAAACAGAGCAAUUGAAGAAGCAAUUAGAGACUCAGAAUUCAAUCCUGGAAAGCACAGAAACAGAGAAGUUAAGGUUGACUCAGAAACUCCUUGAAAACGUUGAAGAAAUAAAAUCUGUUAGUAAGGAAAGAGAUGACCUAAGAAGAAUGGAGGGAACCCUCAAAAUGGAGCGAGAUCAACUCAGGGAAAGCCUCAGAGAAACAAAAGCUAAAGAUCUAGAAAAACAAGAAGAACUAAGAAUAGCUCACUUGCAUCUGAAGGAGCACCAGGAAAUUAUUGAUAAACUCAGAGGGAUUGUGUCUGAGAAGGCAGAAGAAAUAUCAAAUAUGCAAAUGGAUUUAGAAAAUUCAAAUGCUAAAUUACAAGAAAAGGUCCAAGAACUGAAAGCAAAUGAACAGCAACUUUUUAAGUUAAAAGAAGAAAUUAGUGAGACUAAGAAAAAAAUGUGUGACAUUGAGCAACUGAAGAACGAAUUUAAGUGCCAGAGUUUAACUAUGAACAAAAUAGAAAUGGAGAACUUAAACUUGGCUCAGAAGCUUCAUGAAAACCUUGAAGAAAUGAAAUCUGUAAUGAAAGAAAGAGAUAACCUAAGGGGGCUGGAAGAGACCCUCAGACUGGAGAGAGACCUACUCAAGGUGGACCUGCAAGGAAGCACAGCUAGAGAACUGGAGACACAAGAACAACUAAAAAUUGCUCAUAUCCAUUUGAAAGAACACCAAGAGACUAUCGAUAAAUUGAGAGAGAGAGUUUCAGAAAAGAUGUCUCAGAUUUCACAUAUUCAAAAGGAUUUAAAUAAAUCAAAAGAUGAAUUACAGAAAAAGAUACAAGAACUUAAGAGAAAAGAGCUUCAACUUCUUAAAAUGAAAGAAGAUGUCAGUAAAACUCAUAAAAAAGUGAAUGAAAUGAAACAAUUGAAGAAGCAGUUUGAGGCCCAAAAUUUGUCUAUGCAAAGUGUGGAAAUGGAUAAUUUGCAUUUGACUAAGAAACUUUAUGAAAGCCUUGAAGAAAUAAGAAUUGUAGCUAAAGAAAGAGAUGAGCUGAGACAGAUAAAAGAGUCUCUCAAAAUGGAAAGGGACCAAUGCAGAGAAAAAUUAAGAGACCUGCUAGCUAGAGAUCAGCAGAACCACAAAGAGGUAAAAUAUGAAAAAAGCUUACUAUGUGAUGGAAACCAACACCUUAUAGGAAGCCUGAGAGAAAAGUGCUUUAGGAUAAAAGAGCUUCUUAAGAGAUACUCAGCGAUGGAUAAUCACUAUGAAUGUUUAAAUAGAUUGUCUCUUGACUUGAAGAAGGAAAUUGAAACCCAAAAAGAGCUUUCAAUUAGAGUAAAAGCAAACCUCUCACUUCCAUAUCCACAAACCAAACAAAUCCAGAAACUUCUCACUGCAAACCAGAGGUGUUCCAUGGAAUUUCAUAGAGUCGUAAUGAAACUUCAGUAUGUGCUAAGCUAUAUUGCAAGGACAAAGGAAGAACAACAUGAAUCCAUCAAUAAAUUUGAAAUGGCUUUUAUUGAUGAAGUGGAAAAGCAAAAUGAACUGCUAAUGGAACUACAGCACUUUCAACAAGAUUAUGAUGUACUACCUGGAGAAUCAAGGGACCUCAAAUUGAACCAGAGCAUGGAUCUACAUAUCGAAGAAAUUCUUAAGGAUUUUUCAGAAAGUGAUUUCCAUAGCAUAAAGACUGAAUUUCAGCAAGUACUAAGUAAUAGAAAAGAAAUGACUCGGUUUUUGGAAGAGUGGUUGAAUGCUCGUUUUGAUAUAGAAAAGCUUAAAAAUGUCAUCCAGGAAGAAAAUGAUAGUAUUUGUCAAGUGAACAACUUGUAUCAUGAGAAAAUAACGGCUAUAAUGAAUGAAUUAACAGAGUUUGAAGAAAGAAAUGCCACCAUAGCCAAAGAAUGGGAACAAGAUCUGAAAUCAGUGAAAGAAAACAAUCAAAAACUAUUUAAAAACUACCAAACUUUGAAGCUCUCCCUGACCUCCGGUGCUCUUGUUAAUCCUACUACACAAGACAGGAAUCUCCAUGUCACAACGAGAGCUACACAGCAAGUCACAGAGAAAAUUCAAGCGCUGGAAACAUCACUCCGUGAAGCUAAAGAAAGUGCUAUGCAUAAGGAGAGCAAGAUUAUGAAGAUGCAGAAAGAACUUGAGAUGACUAAUGGUGUAAUAGCAAAACUUCAGCGGCAAGUUAAUGACUCAAAUGAAUGCCUUGAAAAAACAAAAGAAAUGAUCCAAGUACUUCAGGACAAAGCUGCUUUAGGAGCUAAACCUUAUAAAGAAGAAAUUGAAGAUCUCAAAAUGAAGUUGGUGAAAGUGGACCUAGAGAAGAUGGAAAAUGCGAAGGAGUUUGAAAAGGAAAUUGCUUCAACAAAAGCCAUUGUAGAAUAUCAAAAAGAAGUUAUAAGGCUAAUGAAAGAGAAUCUUAGAAGAAAUCAACAGGCCCAAGAUACCUCAAUGCUAUCAGAACAUAUUGAUACUCAGCCUUCAAAUAAACCCUUAACCUGUGGAGGUGGCAGUGGCAUUGUACAAAGCACGAAAGCCCUUAUCCUGAAAAGUGAAUAUAUGCGGCUAGAAAAGGAAGUUUCUAAGCUAAAGCAGCAAAAUGAACAGCUCAUGAAGCAAAAGAACGAACUGUCAAGUGAGGUCAAGACAUGGAAGGAGAAAACUCUUAAAAAAGAGGUUCACAAAGAAGUAACUUGUGAGAAUUCUCCAAAGUCUCCUAAAGUGACUGGGACACCCUCUAAAAAGAGACACCAUAUGUCUUCUCAAUGCAAGGAACGGAAUGUCCAAGAUCCUGUGCCAAAGGAGUCGCCGAAAUCUUGGUUUUUUGAUAACCGGUCAAAGUCUUUGCCAGUACCUCCUCCAGUUCGCUAUUUUGAUAACUCAGGUUUAGGCCUUUGUCCAGAAGAACAAACUGCUGAAGUGGAGACCGAGGAUCCCCAGCGAGGUCCUUGGCAAAUGCCAUCAGGAAAAGAGGUGCCAGAGUGCAAGACUCAGUAGGCUCCGCUCUGCCGCGUUUCUGGCGGCCCAGCCUUCCACGUUUGGAAGUGUCUGUGUUUAUUGCUUGAUGUGUCUAUCCCUGGCAGGCAUGUCACAGUCCAGCUUCAGUUCAGUUCCCACUUUGCCACAAGGAGGGGAAGAUGAAGGAGUGGGAUGCAUUCCCAUGAUCUAGAAUGGUGACGGCAGUGUACCUUCUUCUUAAACGUGGUAAUCCUGUAGAAGUUGAAAAGUCUUAUUUAUUUAUAUGCUUUAUAAAGAAUAAAGUUAUUGAAGGAAAUUUCCAAUCUUUCCAUGUA